AUUUCACCUCUGGAAGUUAUUUCGCGCUAAUCGGAUAAAGUGGGUUUUUUUUUAAAGGAGCUUUUGUGUUAUUUGAUGUUAUUUCCCUAUUCAUCAAGAAUCCUUGUUCAAAGACAGGAUUUGGCUGGGGAGGUGAAGGGACCAUGCUCUCCAUUAGUUGUGCGGAUCCCUGGCCGGAAGGCUCAGUGGGGCUUGAGGAGGAGGUGGUCACUGCCGCUGCCCAGGCUGAGCAGUUAGACAGGCGCUCAUUUGAGUACAACAGCAGCAGCUGCGGCUCCGACGAUUUAGACGACAGCCUGACCAGCCUCCAAUGGCUGCAGGAAUUCUCAAUUCUUAACGCCAGUGGGGGGCAACACACAUCUUCAUGCAGCCAUAACCAGAGUCACUUCUUCGGGAACCAAGUAGGUUCGGAUGCACCUUCAUCUCCUUUAGCUGGAGAUCCAGCAUCCAUAGGUAUGCCACUGACCCCUGGCAAACCAACAGCGGCAGCGUUCUACAGGGUGCCUUCCUUGUCAGCUCUACCCAGCUUAGUUGCACACGGGCACUGUCCGGAUGAAGUCGAUUAUAAGACCAACCCUCAUAUCAAGCCUCCAUACUCAUAUGCAACACUCAUCUGCAUGGCCAUGCAAGCCAGUAAGAAAACCAAAAUCACCCUCUCAUGCAUCUACAAAUGGAUCACAGACAACUUCUGUUACUUCCGCCAUGCAGAUCCCACUUGGCAGAAUUCCAUCCGCCACAAUCUGUCGCUGAACAAAUGCUUCAUUAAAAUCCCAAGGCAAAAGGAUGAGCCAGGGAAGGGCGGCUUCUGGAAGAUCGACCCCCAAUAUGCAGAACGUCUCCUCAACGGUGCCUACAAGAAACGUCGAAUGCCCCCUGUGCAAAUCAAUCCGGCUUUUCAGAACCGGCUCCGGAUGAACCCCCAGACUGGACAAGUUGUAGCCACCACUGGAUUGAGCGGAAGUCUUUGUGUGAGUCCUGAGUCCCAGCAGCUCCUGAAAGAGUUUGAGGAAGCUACAGGAGCCGAUCAGAACUGGGACCCUCGUUUGGCUGAAGCCAACAUGCUUAGUUGCUGGGUCUCAGGGAAAGGCAACAAGAGGAAACAGCCUUACACCCACAGGACUGGCGGGAGCAAAGCUCCACGAUGUUCAAGCUCCCCAUGGCUGAUCAUGGAUGAGCAAGAUGAUUUAAGCUCCCUGAAGGGCAACUUUGACUGGGAUGCCCUGCUAGACUCAGCCCUUAAUGGAGAACUGAGCUUGAAUGAAGGUGAUCCUUUGAGCUCCAUCCAAGAAGAUGAGGACUUGAUGGUUAGGGGGACACAUAUCAGCCCUCUAGAAGCUCUUGGUGGUGUAGUUGAGAGCCAUGUGUUAAUGGAAACCCAAAGGAGCAGUGAAGUAGACCUUGAUGAGGAAACAUUCCUGGCCACAGCGUUUCUGCAAAGUCCCUGGUCAGAGGCAGAAGAGGGCAAUCGUCCAGACUUCCUUUGUAGCUCGACAGUCAACAUUGAUCAACUGUUUGACCUGGGAGACUCUCUUGGAGGUGACAUAAGCAGUAAGAUCGAGUCCCUCCUUUGAGGAUGUCAUUAGUGACACUUGAAUUACAUUGAGUCCUUUGGACCCAAACAAGUUAAAGAUCAAAGAGGGUUAAAACUAUGUACCUCCAAAGAUUUCAUACUGGAUUCCAUGAACCCCAUGUGAAGAUGUAUUUUUAAAGGUGUAUCUAUUUCUAACACUGAUUUUUAUGAUUAUGUUUUCAUAUCUGACAAGUUUUACCUUCAUUGACAUUGAAGCUAAUCUAAUUAGGAUCCUCAGAAAUUCCUUAACAUCUUGGAACACUGGAUUCUGAAACCAGCACUAGGUGUGAAAAAGCAAGUUUUUUUGUUGUUUACAAUCCAAAUUUACAUAGAACAUAUGCGAAAGAGAUUAUUUUGAUUUCAUUGGAGAAACGAACAGAACUAUGGCCACAUCCACAACAAUAAGUUUUCAGU